AUGACUUCGAGGGAUCGAUCAUUUUCUGCUUCCCCGUACGCAGACCUCUCCAAAGGGAACUCGCCAGCAUCUGAUUGCGGCAGCUUGCAGCUGACUCAAUCGAGUACCAACUAUGUCAACAGCGCUCAUUGGGCCGCUAUCCUUGAUGGGAUCGCUGAUCUGAAAAUUCUACUCGACGAGGAAGAAGUGCAAGAGAAUACCCAGCUGGAUGAGCCCUCUUUUGCACAGCGGGGCGGUCCUCAGCUUCUUUACGGGUGUACAAGUCUUCUGACGAAGGAAGAGAUCCUGGCGGCAAUUCCAGAGCGGCCGGUUGUUGAUCGAUUGAUUUCAGGCUAUUUCAACUCUUUCGAUAUGUCCCCAGAUCCGGGCAUCAAGACGCCCGCAUCCUCGUUACGAGAGCAUGACCUUCAAUGCAAGAUUGAGGCUUUCCGUCAGAAGAUCGUGCAAUGCCUUAUACUGGGAGAGUAUGCCAAAGGGCCCCCAUAUGUGCUCGAGACGCUUAUGUUGUAUAUUGCCGUGGAGGUAGUCCUCCGGAGUGACGCUGAAAUUGGCAUAUGGAUUCUCCUGGGAACGAUAGUACAGCUGGCAAUGCAUAUGGGCUACCACCGGGACCCGCAUCGCUUCCCCAGCAUGUCUCCCUUUACCGCGGAGAUGCGCAAGCGCGUCUGGGCUACGGUCGUCGAGCUCGACAUUGGAAUCUCUACUCAAAUGGGCCUCCCUCGACUGAUUAAGCAUUGGCAAACUGAUACAGGAGAGCCGUCGAACCUUCACGACAAGGAUUUUGAUCGAGACACGGUUGCUAUGCCGUCUUCGCGUCCCGAGACCGAACUCACACCCAUGCUCUUCCGUCUUGUCAAGGCAAGAAUGACGACAACAAUCGGCUUUGUGUGGGAUCUUGUGACAGACACAAGGCCAUGUCCCUACGCGGAGAUAAUGAAGAUGGAUAGCAUGCUUGAAGAUGUGCAUAGUGCAAUCCCACAAUGUCUCCAGUGGGUUUCUAUGGCCAAUUGCAUCAUGGAUUCACCGCAGGUAAUCAUGCAAAAGGUGUUCCUGGAGAUUAUGUUCCACCGUGCGCGAAUUGUGUUGCACCAGAGAAACCUGCAUAGCUGGCAAGCAGACACGCAGAAUGAUUACUCCCAGCAGGCGUGUCUAGAUGCUGCGCUCAAGCUUCUCGACUACCAGCACGCCCUCCAAGAAGAGACGCAGCCGUUCUGCCGAUUGUACCAGGAGCGAUGGCGCGUCCAUUCUCUGGUUAACGAUAAUUUUCUGCUCGCGACUAGCAUCCUGUGCUCCUACCUACAGCGAGCUGGUGCGCAAAGUAAAGGAGGCGCAGGCGCUGUGACCGGGGAGACCAUCUGGACGUCACUCCAAAAAACAUACAACAUUUGGGUCCAUUCCAGCAGUUCUUCGAAAGAGGCACAGAAGGCAGCGAGAGCUCUGAGGGUCAUUCUCGGAAACCGCAAUUGCUUCAGUAGCAACAGUGCAAGUGACGAGACAAACCCUUUACUUUUGCAGAUUCCACCGGCAUCAUUUCAUGAUGAUCCCAUUUGUCCGGACUCGGAAGGGAGUCGCGCCCGUUUCAACAUUCAAUUCCCCGUUUUUGAUGCGACUGCGUUGGCUAAUUGGUCUAUGGUAAAUGAUGACAUUGAAGGCUUUCCGUUCACGACACCUGCUUCCAGUGUCGACUGGCAGAUGAUAGACACCGCGAUAAACGGUAUACAGAGUCACGGUGGAGAGAGUCCUCAGAUUCCAGACAUCGCUGCAGGACGUUAA